CAUUGACUGUGACGUGAUGAUAUGCUGUUACGCAGUUGGCAUCGUCGCAGUACCGACAGCGACUACCCAAAAGAACAAUCUGUUAUAAAUAACACUUACACAGAGCAAAGCAGCUCUCGCAUGCAUGAUAACAAUUCACUCACAGACUCAAUGAAGUGUUUCUGACCUUUGUGAUAUUAGUAGUUAGUUUAAUCCUUGUUGCUCCUUUGAGGAUCAUAGGGCCGCAACAAAACCUCGACAGCGAACCCGGUUUUUUUGUGAUAUUAAGACUGUUAUAGUUGUUCGUUUCCUUACAAUGUGAAAUGAAUAAGGCUUCAAAUAUUGCUAGUUCUUGCAAAAUUCAACUCAGACCUUCAAGGAUGCCAGCCUUGCUUGAGCGCCCCAAAAUGACACGUACAAUGUAUGAAGCGCUGAAACGACACAUCAUGAAUGAAAGAGCAAAAAUAAAACAAGUGCAAGAACAAGAUGCACUGAUCGAGCAGAUGAGAACAGAGAGAGAACUGCGUAAGAAAAAAGAGGAAGAGGAGGCACUGACUCUUGAGCAAACCAGAGACCAGAUAGCCCAGCUUGAGCGUAAGCUGGAGCAACUGCGCAGUGAAAAGCAUCAGGUAUUUCUACAACUGAAGAAGGUGCUGAACCAAGAAGAGGAAACUCGACGCCGCGCCCAGCUAAAGGAACAGAGUGAAAUGGUAAGCUUGCAACAACAGGCCUUCACUCAGCAUGGUCUGACACCAUCCGGACACACAGUUAUGCUACAGGCCACCCACAUGUCCAGCCGACCCACCUUGUACAAGCCCAUGGUGCCACCGAUUCCCUUCCAGACCGGGAUGAAGCGUACCCGUAGCCCUUCCCCGCCUUCGUCUUCCAGUUAUCAAGCAUACCACAGUGAUCCCAAGUAUCCAUACAAUCCGGGCAAGGCUGCACCAUCACAUAUGUAUGUCCCCCACACCACUGCUGCAGAUUUCAAAAUGGGCAGCUAUGCACAGGCUCAGAGCAGCCAGUCCAGUUAUGCAACACAAGUCAGUCAUUCGUAUGUCCAGCAAGCGCAACCAUCAGUCACUUCCUUUCAGGCUGGCCAGUCGGUGGCUGGAAAGUAUGCUGCUGCUGGGGGACAGUCAGCUUUCAGCUCAUACCAGAGUCAUUAUGCCUCCCAUCAACCAGGAAUAGCAUCGAGUAAGGCAGUGGCAGAAGGCUUUUCAGGCUAUGCUUUGCAGAGAAUGCCACAACCAGGCUACCAUACAGCACCCCACAGCGCCUCGCUACAGCACCAACUUGAGCAGGCUCAAAAAUCAGGCUUUCCAGAGGAAAAAUACAAACAGCCACCAAUGCGAGGUAUGAGUGGCGCCCAACAGGGGGUGCUAAUGACGCAGGCGCUGCAAAUGCAGCAGCAAUCAAAAGGAAGCAUUGUGACGGGAAUUCCAGGACAAGCAGCUAAUAAUUAUCAACCCUCAUCCACAACGCAGAGUGGAUAUCAGACUCAGCCAGGAAGGGCAAGCUAUGGAGGUCAGCCUCACAACCGCUUCUACUAGUGUCAGGAAGUUUUACCUGUGACAUCUUUAAGGCUCUUUCUCAGUCUACUAAGUUUGUCCCAUUAUCACCAGUUGGAGUUUUUGCUACCUGUGGCAGCCCUUGCAGGGAUUCAACUGUUAAAAAACCACCAGUGAACAGAUUAAGGUGCAGUCAUAAAUCGAGACAGCAUGCAUUAAUUGAUGGACCUCAAGUGGAGUGGUCAAGGGGGAUGGCACUAGAUGACCUGUGUGUUCCACCUUUAGAUACCUCCCCAGCUAGAAGCUCAGAUGGAACAUGAAGAAAAUCUGCCAUCAGUUUCCAAAUAAAACUCUCAUGAAGAAACAUUUUUACAGCAAGUCACAAAGAUGUGUAAUAUAAAUUAGAACUGCCAGUUGAAUGUGCAUGAAACUUUCUCAUGCCCCUCCCCCACCUAUCUCAGCCAACUCACACUCACAUCUACAUAUCUGCUCACUCCAGAAUAGAUUGAACAUGAAAGGAUCUGGCAUAUUGCAGCAGUAAAAGCUUGCAUUUCCAUGAAUUUCAUUGAUCUGGCAACACUUACAGAUGUCUGCAAAAUAUGUAUAUAUAACACUUGCAUGAUAAGAAUUUGUUAGUGUGACAUUGGACAAGUGACAUUGGACUAGGAAUUUGACUUGGUGAUGGUUGCCAAUUAUUUGACAAAUAGCAAUCACAUUCACACUUGUACUUCAGAUGCUACUGUUCAUACUGUUGUUUAUACACACAUAGUGGACAUUAGCUAUCUCAAACAUCAAGUAGAGAGCAAAAGAAAGGAUAAUCAGGCCUCUUCCAUCAUGUCAUGAUGUUUCUGGUGCCAUAUGCUAUUGGUAUUUGUGCUGUUAAAAAUGCUGCCUUUGCUGUAUUUACUAUUCUGAAGUUUGAUUUAUCCAAAAAAUUAUUUAAAUUGUUUGGAUGAAUGACUGGAAGGUGCAUUCUGCUUCAAAGAAGGAAGUUUGUUUUCUCUGUAUGUGACUGCAUCAAUUGCUGUUUUAUGCUUUGCCGAUACGUGUUGGCUGAAUGGAGGCUGUUAUGAGAUGGUAGACAAAAGUCAAGAGAAUCCUAAAGUUUUUUUUAGUGCAAUACAAGACUUGCAGCUGUUGUCUGUUAUGCCAUAUUAUUGAUUUUGUAAGAGUGUACUUGGGGUGGUGAAGAAUGUUGAGUGAUUUUUGCAAAUGACUUAACUGUACAGUGUUGUUACUGCCUCUUUUGUGUAUGUUUAAUGAUGUAUAGAAAACUCCAGGGUUUUUCUGAGACGUGUUUUAUAGAAAUGUUAAGUGUUACUUCACACCCAUGCAGAACACACAUAUACAAGAUGUAAGUAUGACAUAUAAGUUUACUGUUUGCUAUUAAAAACAAAGCACUCCACUCAUUUGAUGAAUAAACAGAAACUGAGC